UGUUGAUCCAUCCUCGCUAGCUACGUUCUCUCAUUAACGUGGAGUUUGAAAUGAAGGGAUAACCGAAUCAAUUUCAAGCUUGUGUAAUCUCUAAUUGUCAUGAUCGGAGCAUAGUUCUGAAAUAUUUCAGUUGAAAACGAAACAGGAACUCACCGUUACGCGCUGGACCCGCUGCCUCUGAGAAGAGGCGCUGGACCAGCCUGCGUAGAAGUAUUCUGUGAGCAACACUGGGCGGGUGCAGGCUGCACGUCAUUGUGCAUUCUUUCUUUGAUUCUUUCACGUUUGGUAUCCCGUGUCAUAGCCUAGGCUCGUGUGCGUGUACGUUUAGCGUUAAUUAUCAAGGAAUGACCACAAAGAGAGGCGGGUCAAGAUGUUGCAUCAAGGCGUGUGGCAACAAAUCAGUUUACACGGUGGGUGUCACUUAUUUCUCCUUCCCGAGAGAUGAAAAACGGCGUCGCGAGUGGGAGGCAGCGCUGCAGAAAACAACGUGGAACAAAUCGACAUACAGCAGAAUUUGUUCCGACCAUUUCACACCUGAGAUGCUCGACAUCAGAACACGUCUGAUGCAUGAGCUAGGAGUGUCCGAAGGACGGAGAGUUUUAGCGCCUCACGCAGUUCCUACGCUGUUUCCCGAUGCUCCGAAGCAGACACAACGUGGUGCGUUCGCCAAGAGACGACGCAAAGAGAUUGUAGAUCAGGCUAUGAAGGAAGCGGCCGACGGCGGUUUCUUUGAGGCAAGGAGUCCCGUAGAACCGGCUCAUGCUGAGUGUAAACCGCUCGAGAGUAACGCUAUUGUACCGGAAUCCGUCGGUCAACAUUCCACGGGUGCGACUGGAAUCCAGGCAGGCACGAGCAGUGAAAGCUCCCAUCAGCCCGGCCAUGUUGUCGAACCAUUAGGGACGGUUCUGAUGCCCACACUCGAACUGGCAUCGUCAACACAUUGUGAGGAUUCCAACAUCCCCCACCUUGCACGAAGCCCUGCACAAGCCACUGUUACAUACACACGCACGAGGUCGACACAGACAAAAUUCCGAAGGACAAACCGUGGUACCCAGGCAGGUGCCACAAUCAUCCACGUUGGUACUGCCACCUACACCGAAGCAACAUGCGGAGACUUCUGUUAAACUCCCUUACCUCAGUAACAGUGAUGUUGACGUGCAUGACCCAAUCUCGCUUGUGAAGACAGCGUAAUGGAUGAGAAGAGAUUGUAGACGAGAUGGUGUUCCCCUGCACGAGACCUGAUCAGCGAUGACUGAAUGUUGAGGUCGGCCAGACGUCCUGGGGAGCUCCUCAACCUGUGGCCAUGUUAAUGCCUGUAGCCGUGCCACUGAUUUGUUCUGAAAGCUUCUGUGAGCUUCGAGACGUCCUCAGCAACACGCCAAUGGUGUUCUCAUGGCGGAAUGAUUGCAAGGCAAUGUGGACAGGCUGUUUGCAGCUUGUUCACCUGGAAAAAUGGCCAACAUACAGGCAAGCAGCAAAAGCCAAUCUACGAACCAUCAAGCCUACCUUUCCAAACAGUACGGUGAAAAGCCACACCUGGAAGCGGCAGCACAUUGUUGACGCUGUAAGGUUGGCUCUCUUUCAUGGUGAGGUGCUGCAGUAGUAUUGUGCUACCUGAGGUGCUUUACCUAGUUGUGCCAUUUAUUUUCAUUUCUUUCUUUUGAACCAUCUUACCUUGCAUAGUGGUGCCCACACUGAAAAUUGCUGUCUUUAUAGUCUGACUGCUCCUGGAAAGCAAAACCCUGCAGUAGCAAAAUGUUAAAGCACUAUCUCGUAAAUACACAAUAUCUCUGUUGUGUUGCAAAACAAUGCAAAACUCUGAUUGCUUAAAAUUAGAGCUGUGUGAAUAUUUGAAGCUUCAAAUUUGAAUUGAAUAGCUAAUGCUAAACCAACAGUAUUUGCAGGUGAUUUUGAGAAUUCACAGUUUUCGAAUAUACUACAGAAACGAUGUGUAGGACCUUCGUCGGCACGCUUUCACAUCAGCAUUCUGGGUAAGAGCAAGGGAGACGCAAAAAUUUGCCUAUAGUAAAAUGUGCUAUGCUGUAGAAGCAGUGCGUUGCAUUCGAUGCUGACCUGAAACAUAAUCUGCUCCAUUGUCAUCCUCGUCAUUGCGUUCCGGAUGGCGGUGUCUCGUCUCUUGUUCGUGAAUUGCAAGCUGAAACCGAAAGCAGGAGCUUAGAAUACUGAAUGUAUGACAUUGAGUUGUCAUUUCCUUCACUCGACCAGUCACACUAGUAUUGGUAAGGGGUAUACCGAAUGGGCUACUUACAAAACCAAAGAAAUCUGCUGGAAACCCUGUCGAAAAUAUGAGCCACGAAUCUGCUGUAAAUUUGCUGCGACCAAAAAUAGCAGAAUACAGCGGGAAUGCUGUGCACAGCGGUUCCACUGUAAACAACAGUCCUGUAGCAUUGUGCUGUAGUCCUGCUGUAAGCAGCUGUGCAGCAGUGUUGUGCUGGAAUUUUGUUAACACCUCAAAUGUUUUGGCGCAUUAUAGCAUUCGUCGCUGCUACGCCAUAAAAAUCAUCAUCAUCAUCAUUAAACACCACAAACACAUCAUUUUGCUGCACAGCUGCUGUAGACAGCAGCAGUUCGGUGUAUAUGUGCCAUGGUAAACAUUGUGUACAAUUUGAGCCAAAAGCUGAUGGAGCACCACGGUGUCACAUUUCUCCAUUGGAGCAAAACACCAUCAGCAAAGAGGAGUGGACAUACAUACUUUCCUAAAUUACCUUAUGGAACCCUCUAUGUAGAUAUUUCCAAAGUACCACGUACAUCAUCACGUAUAUAUCAUCACAUACUUCCAUCCACUGGAAAUGGGUAUAUAUGGGUGAGAGGAACUUUUCUGCUAUAAGUGCUUCCAUGGAUCCUUCUCCUCUGAUCAGGACAAAACCCCCGUUCGUAGACUAGGACAACAAAUUCCCUGUACUCCCUGUGUGUGUGACUUCCUGUUGUGUCUGUAUGUUUAUUUAACUUUUUCAAGUUACAUAAUGAAUACACACACAUAAGUAUUCGCCAACUGCACACGCAUGGUGACAGCUUCGUUAAAAAACUACUCGCAUAUACACCUCGAGCAGUGCAAGCCUUGUUGCUCCCAAACUGUCCACUGCGUGUCGCCACGAACCAACCCAACACUCCUUCCCCCUACUGGUUAUAAAGUUAAUGCGAAGAUUUCUUCACCUCCCUGUCAGAGAUGGUUCGUACUGUAUCUGGUUCUACAGUACAGUGGUUUACAGUACAGUUCCACCAGUAAGCCAAGGUGUCAUCUGCUGUUGUUGUCAUUUGUACAUGGUGUACAUUUGUCAGGCGGUGCAUGGGCGCCACCUGAGUGCCAGUAGCUGCAACUUUUUUUUUUUUCGUUUCCUGAACUGAUUUCUACUGUAACAUUGUACAGUGUCUUCCAAGUUUGAAUUUACUGGUUGAUACACUUCUCUUUAAAGGGACAGUUGCUUCCGGAAACGCAUCUAUGAGACCGAUACGACUGCAUUUGGCUUCGGCCAACAGUUUUCCUGACUAAUUUUUUUCACCCAAAAAGUGGUUAGAUAUUAGAGUGGUUACUAAGCGAAAUUUAAAGCCCAGCGCCGCCUCCGCGACUGCAGAAGCCCCAGCGGCGUGACGGCACUUGAUAAGUGGAGGAGUGAGAGGGUGGCACGCAGAGGAGGAAAAGCGCGCUCCUGUUGCUCUGGGCCAGGUGGCGCGAGUGAGCAGCAACGACAGCGCCCCAAAUUAUGCAACAAGCGGUUUAGCAGACGACGCGGCACUUUCAAACACACCGUCUCGAGUUGUUCGCACUUUUCAAGAAGCAUCGCUUUUUCUGUGGAUUUCCUACAGGUUUUGUAGCUUUCCUUGGCACCAUACCGUUUGAAACACAAUGCAAAACCCACUGAUGAAACGACCUACUGUUGGGAUCCGUGGCCGUUUGGGCCCGAAAUGGUGCUGGCCGGCUACAGAAUGAUGUUUUCUCGUUUUUCCAAAGAGGGAAUUCAACAUCCGUCUUCUGCUCUCGUCAUGUAUUCCAUCGAAUAACAGUGAAACUACAUCAGUAUUUUGCGUGGUUAGUGAUCCGUGAAGAAUUAAAUGGUGCUAGUUUUGAAAUCGACUGGAAGGGAUACGACCGCCCCUUUAAAGUGAUAUGAAUUGGUUGUUAUGGGAGAGUAAGCACACAUACACAUACAGUACUGUUCACGUAUUGCCACUUUUUACAAUUCUUCAUGUGACUAUUCGUGAAGUGUACAAGAGCCCAUGUGUAUGUAAGAUGUCUAUAGGCAAUAUGUACAGCUUGGGACAAAAGUUUACGGAACACGGCACUUGCGUAUUUCUUCAUAGGAGUGGUCUCGUGCUAGCUAUCCGGAUGAGUUCAAAUAAGAAACGGGUGACCAGCUAUUCUAUCUAUCUCUAAGCUAGCUGCUAGGCUAGGCUAGCAACUCAGCUGCUAGGGUGUCACCCCAGUGGAGAAAUGCGACACCCCGGUGUUCCGUAAACUUUUGUCCCAAGCUGUACAUACGAAUGAUUCGCACUAUUGCAUAGGGCCAUUCGGUUGUCCUGGUGACUUCGUGUUUGUCAGCUGCUGUAGUGCAAUAAAAUAUUAUGGUGUGACUGCCAA